AUGUCGACAGCCGCAUCACCCCGUCCCAGCGGAGAAACCUCCCCUCUCCUACCCCGCGACGAUCCGCCCAACCCCUCCAACCUCCUCCUCUUCCGCCGCGCCGUCGGCAUAAACGCCGACCUACACCCUCGAGACGAGUGCAACCUCGAAGCCGGCCGCACCGCCGCCGCCGGCAUCUACGCCUCCACCAUCGCCGCCCACCGCCGCGCCCGGAUCUUCCGCAUCAUCGUGUCCACCCUGCUCUACACCUGCCACGCCGCCCAGCUCGUCACCGGCGCCGUCGUCACGGCCAUGGGCCCCUCCGCCGGCACCCACCGCCUGGGCAUCACGGUCCUGGGCGCCGCGAACACCGUCAUCGCCGGCGUGCUGACGUUCAUGAAGAGCCGCGGGAUACCCGAGAAGAUGCGCCGGAACGAGGUCGAGUUCCGGCGGCUGCAGGACUGGAUCGAGGAGACGGACGCGCUCCUCAUGCUGGGUGUCAUUGGUGAUACGAGGGACGAGGUCGGGGAGCUUGUCGCGGGCGCGUAUAGGAGGUGGAACUUGGCGAAUGAACGCGGUGAGGAUGUCAGGCCUGAGGAGUACUCACGAGAGGAGCAGGAGAAUGGUAAGAAGAAGGGGUUGAGUUUCAAGUGGUCGCGGGGAUGGUGA